UCUUCUGUCCUCUUUUCUCUUUGUGCAUUUGCUUACCCUGUCAUGAAGUGACCUUCUCUCUCUCUCUCUCUUUCUUUCUCCCUGCCUGUUUUUCUUUCUCCUUCCACUUCCCUCGCUCCCUUCCCUCCGCAUCUCCCUCCGUCUGCAGAUGUGCACGACGCAAGCCUGAGGUUUAAACAUUAGGAGGGUGACACAGCUGAGACAAGACAACUCGGCGUAGGGACGAGGACAAACAGGAGGAAGGGAAGCAGAGCUGCUGCUGUCACACGUCGGGGAUCAGACCAAUGGAGUCUUUCUCUGGAGAUGUAGAGGAGAGCACUGAAGACAUUUCAGGACGCAAAAAGUCCAAACUUAAGUCUCUGAAAAGUCGUCUCUUCGGGAGGAGUAAGAGAACAGGUGGCGAGGGAAACGCCAAACUCAGUCAGUCAGCCAGUGACAUUACUGCAGGACAGGGACUCGGAUCAGAUGAAGAUUUGGUAUGCUCCCAGGGGAUAAUGGGAUCUCGAGCAUUGUCCCAUGACAGCAUUUUUCUGGCUGAUCAGGUCCUGACAGACACUGAACCAGCCAGGGUUUUAUCCCAGGAGAAUGUUCCCAGCAAGAUCAAAGCUCUGCAGAUGAAGCUUCAGCAGCAGAAGAUGCAUUUGGGGCCACCACCUCUGGUUCUGCCAAUCAGACGUCCAGAGGACCAGGGUGCCCGGUCGGAGGAUGACAGUCUUCCUCACAGCCCCCCUGAGGUCUCAGGAAGUGAUGGUACAUCUCAGGGAGCCUUAAGCAAGGCCAUAUUGCAGCCAUCCUCUCGUCCACUCUCACCCAUCCCCAAACCUGCAUUGACCAAGUAUGUGCCCCCAACUUCAUCCCAUCCUCCACCUCCCACCGUCUCCUCCAUUUCUUCUGUUAUCGAGCCUCCGUUGGACUUCAGUUCUCCGGCUCAGUUUACCCCCUGCCUGGAUACCUCUGCUGCGCGCCACCGGAUGUCUGUUAAGCCCAGAAACCAAAGGGCCAGCACCAAGAAGAGACUCGCUGCAACUGAUUCUAGGUCUCACUCACAUAACCUGAACAAUAUCAACCACCCUGAGUCUGUGAAAGAGGAAGAUCGGCGGCUUGGUGCUCAAGACGAGGUGGUGCUGGAAGCAGUACAAGGAGAUGCUGACAUCCCUAUCACAGCUCAGAGUCUUCCUUCAAAAUCCCCAGAAGUGGCACCAAUCACAUCAGAGGCAGCACCCAGAUCAUCCAGCCUAACUUUUUCCCAACAGGAGCAUGCCCCUCCCAGGGGGGCACCCUCUGUGUCCUCACAAGUACUGCGAGUUAAGCCUCAAAGACCAGCGGACGUAACAUCCAGUGAACGGCCGCAUUCAUCCUUCAUAGAGUCAGAAGUUAAGGACAAAAGAGUAGGUGAUUUUGAGAUACAAGUCAUGUCCCAUGACAGGAGGAAUACUCUAGAAAAGCCUGGAAUGACUGAAGACUCCUCAGACAAGCUCCCCACCACCAUCAGCUCAGUGGUGGCAACCAGGUCCUCCUCUGUUUACCAGCAGGUUCAAGAUGAGAUGGAGACUGCAAAAGGAAUAAAGAGACCUGCUGCAGGAUCUGGGUCCUUUCAUUUCUCCAUCACCACUGCUAAAAACCAAGAUGGAAAGAGACCCCGAUCAGGCAGUUUUGUGGGAAUGCUGGAACAAGCUGAAGCCAGACACAAGACUAUAGGGGGAACAGAGGAUAAACCCUUUUCCAGCUUGAGGGAAAGGGAGGGACUCAGAGACUUACAGCCCAAAGGGGGCCCCUUCGCUGUGGGAAGGCCAAAACAAGAUGGAGCUCCACCUAAAGGCUCUGUACUUCCAUGGGACAGGAGGGAAAGUCUCAAAAAGACAGAAACAGCGACAGCAUCUAAAAAUGCUGCUACGGACACAGGCGCUGUUGCAGGGGAGGAGGUGGAGAGCAGCCAGGAGGAGGUGGAGGAGGCAGUGGAAGCACUGGAGGUGCCAGAGGAAGAAGGAAGGACAGCAUUUGGUAUUAAACUACGCUCAACAUCUCAGUCGUUGAGAUUUCGGUCCGAUUCUACUUCUAACCAUGUUUCGAAGCCGCAAGUGUGUGAAGACCAACGUGAAAGACAGAAAAGGCAGGAAAUAAAUGAUAAUAUCUGCAACAUGUCUAAAAAACUGCCAACAAACAUCUCCACUUCUAGAGACAUUCAAGUGACAGAUCCAACCCCGUCUAGCUUCUCCCUUCCAGUCAAGAGUAACCUGCCAUCUAAAGACGAUCCUCAUAUUAUACCUGCAGAAGUCCAAGCAACCUCCUCAGACACCAGAGAAGUAGAAACUGCCCUCACAGCUGCCCGGGAGCCCCAACCUGCCCCUCAAACAGCCUCAUCUGAGGUAUCCUGGAUGAGCCUGGCGAUGGAAAAGACCAGAAGCCUGCAGCAGCUCUUUACUAGCAGAUUCCCCAGAGAUUUUACAGGCGUGCAGAAUACAGCUCGACCACAACCACAAGGGCAGCCGACGAAUCGCACAGAGACACAGAUCAGUGCACAAACGCCGGCACAGACUGUAAAAAUCCAACAAAGCACAGCACCAGUACAGGCUGCAAACCAGCCAUCGACUGACACAGUCAAAGCAGAAACAGUGCAAAGUAGAAUUCAAGCACAGACUGUGAAACCAUCAGUAAUGUCGGUGCAACAGAAGACGCCAACAGCAUCUACUGGUCUGCCAAACACCACUAGAGAAGCACAAACAUCAAAACAAACCAGUGAAUCCCAGUCACACCCAAAUACAUCUCAGUCUGCCUCACAGUGUCCGUCUCAUCCUCCUGUACAAUCUUACCUUUCCACGGGCCAGCACACCGCACCCCAACAACCUCCUUGGAGCAAUCAAGGUCUCCACCCCACCACCAACCAGCUCAAGCCCACAGCUUCAGUUUCUACCACCUCAUCAGCCACAGCUCCUCCUCCAACGUCUGCCUCGGGAAGAGGGGAAAGAGAAGCCAACGUGCAGGAGAAAGAUGGUACCUCACUCUCAGGAAGACGAGCAGUCUGGACUGGGUCAGUGAGCGAGAGAGCUGCUUUUCUGGAAAAACGGGCAGAAUGGACCUCUCCAUCUGGAACCAAGGGGGUGGAACUGAAGAAAGCUCAAACAGAGGCGCAGACAUCAGGUGAAUCCCCUGCCUCGACCAAAACAACGCCUCUAAGCAAAGACACAAAACCAGAAGGAAGGCAAGGGGUAAAACUUGCAGAAUCAAGCCCCACCAAAGUUCCAAACAGACCUCGUGAGGACAAAUGGCUCCGGAAAAACAUGGCAUCUUCAUCGCCCUCAUCGUCACCCACGCAGCCAUCAGUGUUGCAGUCUAUGUCUGACAGUGGCCAGCCGUCCUGGAUGGAACUGGCAAAGAGGAAGUCAAUGGCCUGGAGUGAUAAGACCAUGGACUAAGAUUGAAAAGAGACAGAUAUACAGGGUAUGGAAACAUGAAUAUGAACAGCUCUGCAGACAAACGCUACCUUUAUCAAGGUUAAUGGGUUGAAUGUUUGGUGAGAUUGUCAGAAUGAUGUUGAUACAACUCUAUGGUAAUUUAUGUAGUAAGGCUGUUGUGCUCGUGUGUUGAAUUGUAUUUAAUUGUAAAGUGUUAAUGUUAUAUUGAAAAAUAUAUAGAGAGGCAGUAUAUGUUGAAAAAUACACUACAAUCCCUCUCCACCACAACCACUUCAAGAUAAAGGGUAUUUCUGAAUAAUGUUUUAUCUAAUUCAGCAUUUCACUGUUGUUAAUACUUUAUGUUAAAUAAUAA